AUUUCAAAACAAUGAGUGCAAUAUCAACUUAUAAUAAACAUCUUGUUUAACUUUAAAUUUACCUAUUCGUAAUAAAUUAACUAAACAAAAUCAUCAUAAAAACAAUUGUUUCUAAAAUCAUGUUCAAUAUGAAUCAAACAAUUGAUCAACAACCGUCAAAUCACAUGUCAUCAUAUCAUCAUGGUACGCCGACCAUGUACCAUCAUCAUCCAACGACACAUUUUCCAGAUUAUUAUCAUCAUACGGCUACCACAUUAGAUGUAAACACAUUAUUAGAACCAACCGGAUCUCCAACAAUAAUACCAAAUACUAAUCCAUCACCAAUAUUACAACAAACAUCGAUGACGUCACGAAUGCACCAAAUCCAGUAUACAUCAACAUUACAACAAUCGUUAACUCAACAACAAUAUCAAAAUUACUAUGAUACUCAACAAUUAAAUUCAAAUGAUAAUAUAUUGAAUUGUAAUGGAUCAAUACGAUAUCAUGAUUUAUCACCUGCGAGUGAUAAGAAUGGAUGUAUGAUGAGUGAAGGGGGUGCAUCACCACCAACGCACUGUGAUUGGAGUGGAUAUUCAACGAUUGCAUCAUCACCAUCGUCUUCAUCUAAUUUAUCAUCGGCUGGAUCGAUCAAUAAUGUUAAUAAUAAUUCAAGUUAUCAUGUACCAAAUUUAUACUGUAAUCAACAAAAUGUUUCUCCUGCCUCAACUACAACAGCAACAGCAACAGUGCCACAACCACAACAACAACAACAACAGCAUCAUCAGCAUCAGCAGCAGCAGCAGCAACAACAACAACAACAAGUACACCACCAUAAUAUACCGCCACAAACUGCGUCAAGCAGUAGCCGUGAACAACGAAAUCGUGCUGAAAAAAUGCGACGUGAUAAAAUAAAUCAAUUAAUAAAUGAACUUGGAAAAUUAGUACCGUUAGUACUUAACAGCCCAAAACGUGUGCAUAAAACAAGUGUACUAAGAUUAACAUCAACAUGGUUGCGAAUUCAAUUACUAAAGAUUUCAUAUAAAAAGAAAUUAACGGAUAAUCAAAAACAACCGACAGAGACAACAACAACAACAACAAAUAGUAAUAAUACAGAUCAACAGAAUAGCAUAAUAUCAUCGCCCUCAAAUCAUAACACACAGGAUGAUUCAACGGAAUUAGGCAUUAUGGAGAACAGUUUUCUUGUUAAUAGUAUGGUUCAAAUGGUAUGUGAACAAUUGGGUGGUUUUUUGAUGGUACUAUCUACAUCUGGGAAAAUUGUUUUGGUGUCACAUAAUGUCGAAAAAUUAUUAGAAAGAGAUGCGUUUGAUCUGAUGGGUCAAUCCAUUUACGAUAUCACACACAAAGAAGAUCACUAUAGACUGCGUCAUCAAUUGAGUCACAGUUCCAAUCAAAUGGAAGAUGCAAAUGGUGGUGAAAUGAGAAGAAAUUUCAAUCUAAGAAUAGCUCGAUCAAAACCUCGAGCUACUGAACCAAUAAGCUAUGUACCUGUUAGUAUAAGUGGUGUACUCAUCCCAGACGAGUGCCUUAUGUGUAUCGUACGAGUAUGGAAACCAACACCAUUGAAUGAACAAUUAGUGGAAGCAGGAAAAGAUGAAUAUAUCACAAGGCAUUUAGUUGAUGGUAGAAUUAUUACUUGUGAUCAACGGAUCUCAGUAGUUGCAGGUUACAUGACUGAAGAGGUAGCUGGUCUUUCUGCGUUUAACUUUAUGCACCGGGAAGAUGUUCGAUGGACCAUGAUCGCUCUUCGACAAAUGUAUGAUCGUGGUGAAAGCCGUGGAUCCUCAUGUUACCGAUUAAUGACCCGAACGGGUGAUUUUAUCUACCUGCGAACAUGUGGAUAUCUAGAAGUAGACAGUAAUGGGGUUGUUGAGAGCUUUGUUUGUGUAAAUACAUUAGUUACCGCUGUGGAAGGUGAACAAUUAAUUCGUGAAAUGAAAGAACGUUAUUCAGCAUUAAUAAAACCAUCAAAUCCACUUUCAUUAACAACAUGUGAAUCAACAGCUACUGUUGAAGAUCCACAAAAAUUACAAGUUGCCAUUGAAUAUUUAAUGCAUGAAUUACCAAAAUUUACUGGCUCCCCAGAGACUAAAGACUGUAAUAAUAGCGAUAGUUCACCACCAACGCCAAAGCGCUCCCGUACUGAAUCCCCAAUAAUAUCUUCGUCAAUGCCAUUACAAGAAACAACAAUAAUUUCACAUUUACAAUAUACAAAUAGUGUACAUCAGCAGGCAACGAUUUCAUUGGAUCGGCAAUUACGAAAACAAGCAACAACGAAUCAUCAUCCCAAUAAUAAUAAUAAACAAUAUUCCCGUUCGAAUGAUAAAUUAAUGAAUAAAUACAACCUUUCUAAAAAAUAACAUCAGUUAACCGAAAAGUAUCAAAAUAUAUUAUGAUAAACCAUCACGAUAAAAGUAAAUCUUCAAAGUUUCAGGAUCAUCCACAAACAAAUAAGGAGAAGUUGAAGUUAAAAUAUAAAACAUUGUGAAUUAUAUAUCAAAUAAAACUAAUAAUUAAAGUAAUGAUUGUAAACGAAAGAUGACAUAGGUACUAAUGGACACGCCAUUUUUACAUUCACAUUUAGUAAAUAAGACAGUGUGUAAUAAUAGCCAAGUGAUUUUGCUCAAAAAAACAAAAACAGAUGAAAAAGCAAGAGAAAAAUUUAUAAUGUUUAAUUAUAUAGAAAAAUCAUGUAUUUAAAGAUAUGUUCUUAAGAACUAUAAUUAUGCCAUAACUACAAUAAAGGCAGUUCCAAAUA